CAACCCACUCUUUUAUGUCUACAAUUCCUUCCCAUUCUUCCCCCGCCCGGUCACAGUACAACUCAGAGCAGUUAGCCAUGGUGGCACGCUCUCCUUCUCGCGCCGUAGCUGUAUACUGUGCUGCCUCCCUGGGGAAGCAGAAAGCUUUCCAGGCAGCUGCUCUGUCACUCGGAUAUGCUCUUUCAAUCGAAGAUCGUCCUCUCAUUUAUGGUGGUGGUAACAGCGGUCUUAUGGGAGUCGUCUCCGGUGCCGUGUCCAAGUCCGAAGGCAAGGUCACGGGCAUUAUCCCGUAUGCUAUUUUCGCCGCUGGAGGCGAGAAGGACAAGGGAAAUGGCCGUGCAACAGCCCACACUGUCUCUGAAGUCUUAGAUGACACGCAACGCCAAGAGAUAGAGACUAUCGUUGUAAACUCCAUGCAUGAACGCAAAGUUGAAAUGGCCAAAAGGGUAGGGGCCUUCGUAGGCCUACCAGGCGGCUUCGGAACUUUCGAAGAGAUCCUAGAGGUGAUAACAUGGAACCAACUCAAUAUCCACAAUAAACCCGUCGUGCUUCUCAACGUCCUUUCAUAUUACAAUCCUCUCCGCGAACUCAUCAAGAACGGCAUCCAAGAAGGUUUUAUAAACCCGCGCAACGAACAUCUCGUUAUCUUCGUCGACGGUCCCGCUGAUCACAAAGAACACGAAACCUUUGACUGGGGCAAGGCAGCUUUGGAAGCCAUUGACUCCUGGCAAUACGACAAAUCCAAAAUACUGCCGUUCCAUUGGAACAAGGACGAAGACACCAGCGAUUUGACUAACGUUAAGGCGGAAAUGAAUGGCACGCCCCCUAUGCUGCAUGCCCUCAGGGCCACCAACGGGUGGCUUAAGAGGGUCUGGCACGUCCGCGUACGUUCCCGUGUCUAAAAAGGAUCUAGACCCAUUUGUCCCCUUAUUUUGCCGCCAUGUAGACCGUGGAGCAAGGACAGACAGAAUUUGUAUUUAUACGUACAUCGUCUGCAUGCAUCACACGCAUACACACGCCCCAUCGCUCACGUACUAGACGUUAUUUUCAUGCCUACUGCAAUUGAACUUAUGUCUUUAUUGUUGUACAUUGAUAGCUCGUAUGCAGUCCAGUCUCACGACUACUUGCCAAACGUCGGCUCGAUCUUGCGAGUAAGGUCCAUGAACGCAUGCACAUCCGCAUCGGUUACCUUUGCUUUUCUCUGCACCGCAUAGUCUCAGACAUGAAGAAAGGUAUAGCUACGACAGACACACCGCUUGGAAAUCCUUGACGAAAUCUUGCAACACCUGGAUGCACCUAGCCUUCAGCUGUCCAGUAAGGAGACGUCCGGUGCGGUAAU